AUGCUGUCGUGGUUGGUCUUACUGGCCUUGGUUCAUGCCAGCUACGGCUCAGCUCUGUAUGCUUUUUUCACCGACCUCACCAUACAGGUUGGCGCGCAAGACCCUACUACGGGGAAGCUUCUCUACAGUACCUGCAAUAGCCAAGAUAUUCCAAUCUUCCCACUCGAAAAGCCGAAUAUCCUCGAUACAAGAGAAACACCACGCAAUGGCACUGCACUUACAGCCGUAGGCUGGGGGGACCUGAACUUUAUCACUGCGCAAGUCUUCUGGCAAACCGAAGAUAAUACGAUCGUGCAGGGGAAGUACAUCUGUAACAUGACGACAGGAAAGCUUAUACGUGACCGCGAGUUCCAGAUCUCGGCGGCUGCGGGUGUCGACUCCAUCCACAACGAAACGGGCCUUUCAAUCGUCAACCUCGGAGAGAAAGAUGGAUAUCGACUAUUUUAUAAUGAUGAGGACCGGAGAGUCAAGAUGCUAUGGUAUACUGAUGAUGACGGAUGGAAUGAUGGCGGCGCUAUCUCACAGGAUAUUGCCGGAGGCAUGGCGUUAGGGUCAACGAUACAUGACUUGAAGAACAUUACAGUACCUUUCCCCAAGGACUCUGAGAAUGUCGAGCUGUCGCGCCUGGAUAGGUCAGGGUUCUGGACGCUAGACGCGUUCCCGAACACGUUCCUCGGACCCUACACUAACAACACGCUGCCCUCGGAUAUGUACUGGAGCUUGGAAGAUGAAGCCGACUUCUCUCUUCCCGCCUGGAACUCUUCCCUCGAAGCCAUCGGCGCAGCAGUGGACCGAUCGCGAACACGGAGUAUCUUCUAUAUCGGCGACGAUAAGAAGAUACACGAAGUCAAGUCGACGAAGAAUGGUUGGCAGCUUGGCUCGAACCAAACAGAGCGCGCAUGGCCUGUCGCCGAUAACGCGAGUUCCGGUCUAGCCAUAGUCUCUCAACAGAGCGAGGGCAAGGCUUGGCUAUACUAUUGGGCCAACGAGACGAUCGUGCAGGCAUUCAAGGACUACGACGGCGACUGGGUUGAUGCAGAAGCACUGCCAGAAAAGCUCCCGACAAACGGAACCGAUGGCAAGAAGCCCAAGGAUAGACCAGCACAAGAGCCUGUGGAGUCCAAAGGCCUGAGUUCGGGAGCCAAAGCUGGUAUUGGUGCUGGAGUCGGCAUUGGAGUGGGCGCGUUGCUGUUCGGCGUUCUUGCUUGGCUGUGGAUGAAGCGACGCAGAGAACGCGCUCAGCAGGAGAAGGUCUCGGGUAUAGUGGAAGUAGGAGGAAGCCCUCUAGAACCGCGCUUAUCGGUGUUCAAGGAGGACCUACCCAGGCAAAAUGAGCAUGUCGAGCCAUCAGAGAUGACCGGCCAAGGACGACCAGCUGAACUGAGCCACCACGAUUCGGCGGUGUAUGAGAUGCCAGAGCAUCAUGCAAGGGAAUAG